AUGAUCGGGCGUUUAAUGCAGUCGGUCAGCCAAAUGGGCCGCCGUUUGUUGGCCAACCCCACCGUCCAACAACAGCGCGGCUUCAAAGUGAAGAAAUUCCCGAAACUCCGCUGCGAACAUUGCUAUUUCAUCCGAAUCGACGGCCGCCUUCAUGUGGAAUGUCAUGCCGCCCCCAAGCACAAACAACGCGAAGAAUUCGACAUCAAAACUCUUUGGUAA